AUGACCCGCGCAAGCAGAGGGGUAGGGCGCAAAAGAUGCUCCCGAAACCCUGACCGCCGGUGCAACUGCACCAGUCUUCAUGUAACCCCAUGUCUCCCUGUCUGAAGCCUGUUUUGAUAUUAGCCAUGAUUUUCACCGCUACUGCCUUCACGAUACUUGGAUUUUUUAUUUUCAGCCCCAUACAAAAGGUAGCGUCGGAGACACCCUGCCCCGACGGCCGGUUCUGCCCGCCUCACUGGCUGUGCUGCGAGGCAGGGUGCUGCGCCCCGGCCACAGCGCCGCCCAGACGGGACCAAGAGGUUAAGGAGGUCUACCGGUAUCCGUGGUACGCGCAAUGGCCAGUUCUCUUCCUCCUCGGCACACUAGGCGGCAUUCUGAUCUGCUGCGUGUGGUGCCUAGUCUUCAAGCGGAGUUCACACCGCGUGUACAUGUGCUCGCUGUCGUGUUGCGCUCGCCGGCCUGCCUCGGACCAUGAUUCUGCGGGCUCAGUGUAUCCACCGCCUAGAUAUAGCCGCUGCAGCUCGUUUCAUCAGGCUCCUCCGCCGUAUUCAGAGGUGACAAGCAAACCCGACUUAUUUCCAUUGGUCAUCACGUGCGAAGAAGGCGACGGCAAGUCCGGAGGAAAUUACCUGAUGGUCCACUACUUUAGAAACUACGUUAUUCGGGCGCCGGGUUCUUUAUCAGCGACGAGUACUGCAGAAUCUCUCAACUCCAGUUUCAUAUGCAACGCAGCAAAUGAAGCAAAUACGGUCGUCCCGCCUCCGUAUUCCACGGACUUCGAGUCGUUCACCGGCUGCGGCCUUCUCCGUUCGCUGUCCUCGCUAACUGAGAGAGAACCCCGAGCUCCUCCGAGAUCCCGCACUGUCCCCGAGCCUGCACCCAGAGAAACUACAGCUUUCAGGGAAAAUCUGAUUACAUCACCCGUUCAACACAUGCAGGAUCCCUCCUUCGACUUAGAACUAGAGCUGAUAGACUGCGAGAUGUACUGCGACGGCGCCUGCAGGCCGCAGCUCGGCGCCUCGCCCCCCGCGCACCGCUCCCCCGCCCGCGACGACAACUACGAGCACGAGGCCUACGGCCUCCGCCACCUCUUCACCUGCCCCUCCACAGAACUAGCCGGGGCCUGCGAAUCCCCCCCACAGCCGACAAGCCCUACACAGUCCAGAGAUUCUACCCUAAGGAGACCUAGCGACGAAAGAAGGCACCGGAGAAUAGACAGUUUGAAAAAGACUCCGAAGGCCAGGAAGACGAGCUUAUACAUGCCUUUGUCAGUGGCUUAUCCCGUUAGGACUUCGAGAGUGUCGCCCGGGUCUAGGGGUUCGUCUAGGUCCGCGCCCGCCACGCCCUGUGGGGCUUUAGUGCCGAAUUUGCUCCACUUCAGCCAAAGAGUGUCGGCGACGAGGCACGGCUCCCGCUCGUCUAGGUGUGAUGAAGAGAAUGAUCCACUCUUGGACGCUGAGACUGAGACGCGCACCGAUCACAAGUUUUAGUUUGACACGCCACGCUGCUUGACACUUUUUUACUUUUUAACCCUGUAGCUCGGUUUAUCCAGCUAGAAUUUAUUACGUUGAUUAAAAUAAUGCCCUUUAAAUUUGUAAGUAUUACAUUUGUGAGGAUACGAAUGUUUUAUAU